AAAUAAUCAAUUGAUAGUCGGCGUCAGCGUUGGAUGUUAACGGGACAUUACUGGUGCUCGAUAUCAAAAAGGUUGCGAAAUUUUAAGAAAAAAGUCGCAUAUAUUAAAAACUAAAGAAGAGCAGCUCCGGCUACGAUGAUGAGAAAAUGGGUUUACAUUUUUGUUCUGGGAAUAAUGAUGCCAAAGUAUUCGAUUGCGGCGACAGGACCGAAAUUCGAUGAAAUUGUAGAACGUUUUGAAUACCAGUUGGCUGAAACCGGUAAUCUAACCGGAAAUGAUUCCGAAAUGAAAUUGGAGUUUCUGGUUAUCGGAAGAUCGGUUUCAUGGACCGAAGCAGAAGAACUCUGCACGUCGUAUGUGAAGCGGAAAUUCAAGCGGAAUAUAUUGGAUUGGGAUCACAACGAUGAGACCGACGGAGACGAAGACGGUUUGAAUAAUAAUUCCGAUGAUGCCGAAGACGUCCAAGGAAAUGGGCAUUUAGCUACCAUAGAUUUUAACAAUCUUGCAAAGUGGCUUGCCCGGAAACUCGCAGAAUCCAAUUACAGGUACGACGGACUUUGGAUAGGAGGUCACAGGAAAAGUGGUGAUGAUACUUGGAGGUGGAUUGGUGUCCACGAAAAUGAGGAUAAUUACAUAAUUCCAAAUAAUUUAUCGAAAGCCGAUUGGCCGCCGUGGUUCAAAGACGAUCACCGCAGAAAUUCCGAAAAUUCUAACGAAAAUUGCCUAGCAUUCGAUAAACAGGGACACGAUAAGCCACUCUUUGUUAAGGAGGACUGUCAUCUUCGAAGACCCUUCAUUUGUCAACGAAUUACUAGACGAGACACGCAACAUAUGCUCAGGGAAGGAAACGAUGUGACGGUAAACAAUCGGCGUUACAUUCUUUACCAUUUCCCAAGCGAUGAAGAUGGAGAUAAUUCUCAAAGUCGAAGAUCGGUACAGAAGCUCAAUGGAGGUGGCGUCAAAUGGAGGGACGCUCUUCUGGAAUGUCAUCGCCGUGGACAGGAACUAGCCGUGGUACCUUCAAAUGAAGCUGCUGCGGCCAUUGCGGAUAUCAUGUUGAAAAGCAGACCAUCAAUGGAAAGUGCCUGGCUUGGGGGCUGGAGCGCCGAAGGUUCGGAGUGGACGUGGGUGUCUUCUGGAGAAUCCCUACCAUCUGAGAUAUCACCAUUGACCAGCUAUCCCCCUUGGUUCACGGAUCACCGUGAAGACAACGCUCUGGGGAGGCUGAAUACCAUCAGUGAAUACUAUGCAAAGAGACCCAGGUGUCUCGUUUUGGACAGACAUUCUUGUCCAUUAAACGUGAAUCCAGUAUUUAUUGACUUGGAUUGUGAAAAGCGAAGGCCGUUCGUUUGCCAAACUGUUCGACGGGACAUGCCAAGAAUCAGAGUCGCGAAUUUGGUUCUAGAAUUUACAAUCAAUGGUCGUGUCAUGAGGUUCUCUAAGACCAGGAUGACUUGGGGCGAAGGGAAAACUUAUUGCGAAGAAAUAGGAUAUGCUAUGGCGAGAGUUAGUGAUAAGAAAACUCUAGAUGCUGUUUUAGAGCAGAUGACCAAGUUGUCCUUAAACCACAUAUGGGUCGCUGGUCGUACACGAAAAAUCGAUGGGGAAUGGAGAUGGUCAGAAAUGAAUGAGGACGGUGGUUUCGAUUCCGAUUCACAAAGUAGCUGGUGGUGCUCUGGAGCCGAUAACCAAUCGCGGUCCGUUGCAAAGGCUGAUCUGUGCUUGAAUUUAGAUCGAGAAGGUCGAGAUAUACCUCUUUUUUACGGAUUGCCGUGCAACGAAACGAAACAAUACGUGUUAUGCGCUCAAAGGGAACCCCGAACCCGACAAGCGAUCAAACUUAGCGACCAAUCGAGUCCGCCUAAAGCUCCGGUACCUUCACAUCUCCUCUCUUUUACCAAGAAAGUCCGUGUCGCCGGAUUGGCGACCCGACGACUCAACGAAAAACUCAAUGGAGUCGGAAAGGAAAUUGACACUGAAUUGAUCGUCGAUCAUAGUGACGGUAUUGGCAACGUAUAUAACGAUCAGGAAUCAUUGGGGAACAAUGGUACCAAGAUGAAUAGGUCAUCUAAUGCAUCGAUUAUCAAUUAUAGAUACGGACCAAUUAUUUCAACAUCAACAGUACCGGCACUUGUGAAGAAAACGCCGUUCAAUGAAAGCAAAAGUUUAAAUGAAACUGAAAACUUGGGUGACUUGGGUUCCACACCCGUUUCUGCGAAUAAUUCUCGUCAGUUAGUUCAAAAUUCAGCGAACGUGGAAAAUAGAAAUUCUUUCGAAGAGUCGGCUUCCGAUGCAGCUUUGAAUGCCACACGUAGUGAUAUGGUAGUCGACACGAUGAUGCCAACGACCGAUAAUGAUGUAUAUUUGACGACAGAAUCUCCCAAAAAUCUGUUAGCACCUGAAGACCACAACGUGACAAAUCCUGGAACCACCUCUGCGGUAAUUCGGCCUACGGGCGAUGGAGUGAAGGUAGCGGAUUUGGACGAGGAAACCAAAAAAUUAUUGAGGAUGAAUGGAUACGAUUUGACUAAUACUGACGUGAUUUUGGGGCUGGAAAUGGAACUAGUUCAUCUGCCUGUAAACGAAUCGAACGUUACUGAACACUCGUUAUUUCGUGGAAGCGUAGAGAAAUUGGAACCCAAUGAAGAUAAUCUUGGACCGCUCGAGGUUUUGGGCGAUUUAAAAGAAUCUACUAAUCAGACCUUAGGUAGGCUGGAGCAGAAAGAAGUGGACCUCUCUAGUAAUGUAACAAAAUCGAAUGAUGAAGAUUUGAAAAAUUCAAAAGCAGACGGGGUUUAACAAUUUAAAAAAACCGGAAAUUUUGUAGAAAUUCAUGAUAAUUAGAAAAGGAAUUCUCAACUGACUUUGUUUUAUAGGUGGGUAUAUAAAACUAUAGAGCUAGCGACAAUAAAAAAUUAGUGUUUUAGAUGCGUAGAAAGUUAUAAUCGAAAAGGUAACGUAUCGAUGUAACGUAUUAUUCGUAGAGUUAACAUAAUUAUUAGAUACCUUCACUCAAGUGUCAAUAAGAUUUUUUUUGCGGUGUAAAGUAUCGUAAUUAUGUAGCAGAAUAUUGUCAAUAUAUGCUGUAACGUAAAAUAAAUAUUACAUGCAUUCUCUAUCGAAGAAUCUGCAUAGAGAAAAUUCAA